AUGGCGUUGGUCAACGCCUACAUUAUUCACCGUCACGUGUGGGAGAAAAAGCCAAAGCAGAACUCCCACUUCGAGUUCCUUGCGCAACUUCACAAGGAGUUGGUAGAGGAGACGGAAGACAGCUUCACGCAAGCGCGAGCAUCAUCCACAGACCAAGGCGCAGUUGAGCAGCCUACGGCAAUGCAAGUCGAGCACACUCUCACGCAGACAACGGAUGCGCGUUUGAACAACGGCGUCCAGCGCCUUCGACAAAGGCAAUGCAAGGUAUGCUCGAUCUACAAGGCACAAGGAAAAAAGAGAGGGGGCACAUCAACGUACUACUGCGCAAAGUAUUCAGAGGGUAAGAGAGGGCUCGUUACAUUGUUCAACAAGGUACGAGGCCACCCACAGAACGAAGGGUUCACGUGCUCGCAGAUCUGGCACAUUGUUCGGGAGAAUGGUGAGUUUGCGCCAGCAUCAGAGACAGAGGUUUAG